UCAGAAAUCAAAAACCAAAACUUGUUAAUCCUUGUUAUUACACACUAUCCUUGCUCUGUGUUGAACAUGGGUACAAGCCCCUUUCGAUAUUUUAUUUCCUUUUUUCUGCUUAUGCUAUGUUUUGAAGCCUGUUUGAGGGUGGGUGAUGCUAAAGUUGGGUGCAGAGAGAGGGAAAGGCAAGCACUCCUUCACUUCAAACAAGGUGUUGUGGAUGAUUUUGGAAUGCUUUCUUCUUGGGGGAAUGGGGAAGACAAAAGAGAUUGUUGCAAAUGGAGAGGAGUCGAGUGUGACAACCAGACGGGUCAUGUGAUCGUGCUUGAUCCUCAUGCUCCGUUUGAUGGAUAUUUGGGAGGUAAGAUUGGUCCUUCAUUGGCAGAGUUGCAGCACUUGAAGCAUUUGAACCUCAGCUGGAAUGAUUUUGAAGGAAUUCUUCCCACUCAACUCGGAAAUCUUUCCAACUUGCAAUCCCUUGAUCUCGGCCAUAGUUUUGGGUUUAUGACCUGUGGAAACCUUGAGUGGCUUUCUCACCUUCCUUUGUUAACACACCUUGACUUGAGUGGGGUUCAUCUUAGUAAAGCAAUCCAUUGGCCACAAGCAAUUAAUAAAAUGCCUUCCCUAACUGAGUUGUACUUGAGUUAUACUCAGCUUCCUCCGAUUAUUCCAACAAUAUCCAUUUCCCAUAUUAAUUCCUCCACUUCUCUUGCUGUGCUUGAUCUCUCCGUGAAUGGUCUCACUUCUUCAAUAUACCCAUGGUUGUUCAACUUCAGUAGCAGCCUUGUUCAUCUUGACCUCUCUAUGAAUGAUCUAAAUGGUUCAAUUCCGGAUGCUUUUGGAAACAUGACUACUCUGGCAUAUCUUGGUCUCUAUGGGAACGAGCUACGUGGUUCAAUUCCGGAUGCUUUUGGAAACAUGACUAGUCUGGCAUAUCUUUAUCUCUCUUCAAAUCAGCUUGAAGGUGAGAUUCCGAAAUCCUUGAGAGAUUUAUGUAAUUUACAGAUACUAUACUUGUCUCAGAACAAUCUCACUGGACUGUUGGAAAAAGAUUUUCUGGCCUGCUCUAAUAACACAUUAGAGGUUUUAGAUUUAUCUCAUAAUCAAUUCAAAGGGUCAUUUCCCUGGCUUUCAGGAUUUUCACAGUUGAGAGAAUUAUAUCUUGAAUUCAAUCACCUAAAUGGAACUUUACCUGAAAGUAUUGGACAACUGGCUCAACUUGAAGUGUUGUCCAUUCGUUCAAAUUCAUUGCGAGGCACUGUCUUGGCAAACUACCUUUUUGGUCUCUCCAACCUGUCUGUCUUAGACUUAUCUUUCAACUCCCUUACAUUCAACAUAAGCCCUGAGCAAGUUCCCCAGUUUCAAGCCUCUCGUAUAAUGUUGGCCUCUUGCAAAUUAGGACCACAUUUUCCUAAUUGGCUUCAAACUCAAAAAUAUUUGUUGGACCUUGAUAUCUCUGCUUCUGGAAUUUCUGAUGUCAUUCCCAGUUGGUUUUGGAAUUUAAAUUCAGGUUUAGCAUGGUUAAACAUUUCCAACAAUCACAUCUCAGGCACUUUGCCAAAUUUACAAGGAAUAUUUUAUUUGGGAAUGUGGGAUAUGAGUUCAAAUUGCUUGGAAGGUUCAAUACCACAAUUUCUUUUCAAUAAUGAAUGGUUGUAUCUCUCCAAGAACAUGUUUUCAGGCUCAAUUUCUUUAUCUUGCCGGAUUGCUAAUCUGUCUGGUUCGGGUUUGUCCCAUCUUGAUCUCUCAAAUAAUCGACUGUCAGGAGAACUACCCAAAUGUUGGGAGCAGUGGAAACAUCUAAUUGUUCUUAAUUUGGCAAAUAAUAAUUUUUCUGGGAAAAUUAAAAAUUCAAUUGGCUUGUUAUAUCGGAUUCAAACAUUGCAUUUACGCAACAAUAGUUUAACCGGAGCAUUGCCUUUGUCCUUAAAGAACUGCAAAGAUUUGUGUCUUGUAGAUUUUGGAAGAAAUAAAUUAUCAGGCAAAAUACCUGCAUGGAUGGGAAGAAGCCUAUCAAGUUUGAUUGUUCUCAACCUAAGAUCCAAUGAAUUUAAUGGAGGCAUACCUUUAAAUCUAUGUCAAUUGAAAAAUAUUCAAAUGUUGGACCUCUCAAACAACAAUCUAUCUGGUACUAUACCAAAAUGUCUCAACAAUUUAAGUGCCUUAACUCAAAAAGGGAGUUUGGUCAUUUCUUAUUAUGAAGGAGAGUUGAAUGGUUGGAAGCUCUCCUAUCUUGAUAAUACAUUGGUUCAAUGGAAAGGAAAAGAACUAGAGUACACUAAAACUCUUGGACUUGUGAAGAGCAUUGAUUUUUCGAAUAACAAGUUAAUAGGAGAAAUUCCGUCAGAAGUAACUGAUUUGGUAGAAUUGGUGUCAUUGAACUUAUCAAGAAACGAUUUGAUUGGACCAAUCCCUGCAACCAUUGGUCAAUUGAAAUUAUUAGAUUCUCUUGAUCUAUCUCAAAACCAGCUUAAUGGUAGAAUUCCAGAUAGUCUUUCUCAAAUAGCUGGUCUAAGUGUUUUAGACCUAUCAAAUAACACCUUGUCAGGUAAAAUUCCAUUAGGCACUCAAUUACAGAGCUUUAAUACCUCCACAUACGAGGGAAAUCCUGAACUUUGUGGGCUACCUCUUUUGAAAAAGUGUCCAAAAGAUGAACCUGGGGAAGCCUCCUUCAUUGGUUUUAGUAGUAAAACAGAGGAUAUUCAAGAUGAUGCAAAUAAUAUAUGGUUUUAUGGAAAUAUCGUUCUUGGAUUCAUCGUCGGAUUUUGGGGAGUUUGUGGCACUUUACUACUCAAUAGUUCAUGGAGAUAUGCCUAUUUCAAGUUCUUGAACAAGAUAAAAGACCGAGUGUAUGUGACAACAACAAUAAAUAUGAAUAGACUAUGGAGGAGCUUCCAAAUUUAAAUGAACUUCAAUUGGGUUGCAUCUCAAGGAUUAGUAGGUAAUAUAUGCUUGUGAGUAAUGAGUUUAUUUAGUAUUGGACAGCCUGAAUGUAAGAGCAUUUGUGUUUAUUGAACUCAUCAUCUUAUAAAUAACUUUGGCGUGUAUUAAGUUUGUUUAUUUGAUAAUAGGCGUGGCUUAAGUUUCUUAUGUUAUGCUCUAUUUAGAGCGAAUCAAAUAUAUUAGAGGAUGAUAUCAAGUCCUUUGUGGUGCAAUGCUAGAAACUACUUCGCUUUAAAAAAAACGUUUUCUUUUGCUCAAAAACCAGUAGCAACUAAAGCCAUAAUUUAAAAUGGGACAUGGUAAGACUAAGAACAGAAACUGAGCACUCUGUUUUUCUGGUGCCCAAGCAUGGAAGUUAUUAUAAUAAAAAGAAACAGCUGGUCAGAAUAAAACAAAAUUCAAAACAUGGUGUUUCUCACAAUGCAUAUUGAGGCUUCAUCCACUGAUAUUCCACAACAGAUUAACCGUCAAAAACCCUUAUGUUGAGUAGGAGAAAAGAAGCUCCAUACUUCUCAGGACAUACAGAACAACACCUUGGGUAGAGACCUUGACCAUGCUUGCAGAAAUGUGUUUUUGGAGCAGCAAUCCGAAGUAUAGGAGGCUUCAUAUUUGGGAACACUCCUCAUUCAAUGUAUCAUUGUGACUGAGAUGACUACAUAUUGAGGUUUGAUCAGUUCUAGGAAGGUGACUGGUUAUCAUAAAGCAUUUACCAACCAUUCUUGAAUACAUACUUAUGUGAUUUAGCAGGAUGGAACUGCAACUAGUCAUUAAUUAAGCAACAAAAAUGGCUGUGGUAAGAUUCUGAGACAUUGAUUGUAUAUUCCAUUGUUUUUUAUUUGAGGUUAAAUUCGGCUUUUGUUUUUUUUACUUUUUAAUUCUCUACUGCUUACAUGCCUCUUGUAUCUGAAGAGGCUAAUUGUUCAUGCGGUUGAAUUUUGCAACAUUUUCUUAUUGUUCGGGGCUUAAGCUUCUGUUCAUUUUUUCAUUAUUAUGUUUUUGUGCUUUGUUUUUUAUGACUAAUCCCAUGCCACAUAGUGAAGUGUUCACAGAGAAUGACUGGAAAUUUGUCCAGCUUGGGCUUGCUCUAUUUUAGAACAUUUUAGCCAUUCAAGACAUCUCGUUGCAGUAGAAGGCUGGGAGUCUGCACGCCACUCAAUUUUUAUCUCUGAGUAACCAAUUUUUGGUGCUGUUAUUCUUCAUUGAUUUAGAAGAUGAGCUGUUAUUUUUGGGGAUAUCUGUGUUAUAAUACACAAUAGUAUGCAUUGGGAUAUGCUACUACUGAAAACAGAACAAUCUGUUUUUGUGGCGUCCAAGCAUAAAAGCUAUUGUCACACAGCGAGGUCUGAUUUCCAACUGUGAAUCAAAUUGCUCGAGGUACUUCAUAUGCAGAUCGCUGCAAGUGGCUUUGGCCAUCAAUCUCCUUCAGGGGAUGAUAAUAUUGAGAUUGCAGUGAAGGUUUGGGUGUUUGUCACAAUGCCUGUUGAAGCGUCAUCAGAUGAUAUUUAGUCAUCAGAUGAUAUUUAAUGACAGAUAGGGUAUCUGUGGGGUUGAAAUCUCAUUACAUGCGGCAACACAGUUCUUGAUAUUUAAUGACAGAACGAUUUGCAUGCUAGAUUUAGUGCUUAAACUAUCACUGGAAGAUUCUAAAGAGCCUCAAACAGCCCACAUCCUUCUUUAAAAGUUAGAUUUAUGAUCAGACUGAUCAAGGGUUGACUCAUUUUCUCUUGAAUCUGAUCAAAUCCUUCGACUCUCAUACUAACCCAAAAGGCCAUUAGUUCUUCGAAAGACUGAUACUCGAGAUGAAUGGGAAUUUGAGGCUGUAAGGCUGGGACGAUGAUGUAAACGGCACUCGCCAAUGGGUUCCUGAAUGGUCUGCAGUUUCUAAUCCAUGUGAUAUUGCUGGGGCUUGCCCUGUGUAGCUUGGACUGAAGCAAAACUAAUGCCUCCAGCAUGUACAUGCCUGCUGGGGGCUUCUAAUGUGGGAGACGGCGGCCAGUGCUCAGAGAAUUCUUCGGUGUCAACCGCGAGAUGUGAUAAUAAUCAUCGGAAUUCGACUGCUUCCAAGCUGAAGAUGUCGAUAGUGCAGCAAACUAAGUACUAUUAUCUCAUUUUUCCGAUUAUAGCAAAUUACAGUAACAUCUCGCCAUUAUCACAGUGCGGUGAUGCUUGUUUAUCAGACUGUGAUUGUGCUGCUUCCGUGUUGGCUGCUAAACAACUUGGAGUUUGGUGGAUUCGAGGACACGAGUUCGACCUUGUUUGUGAAGGUUGGGCCUAAGGGAUCACCUGGAGGCAACGCAACAGGAUUUGGGGAUUCAUCUGAUGGCCUCUGAGACAAGGUCUUAGUUCUUCCAAUUGUUCUCAGCAUGACUGUCCUUGUAGGACGACUCUGCUUCUUGUUAUACCACAGUGUGUACAGGAGGAGGGCCUUGAAGAGAGCCCUGGAAAGCCCCUUGAUUGUGUCCGGCGCUCCAAUAAAUUUCAGUUACUGUGAUUUGCAGUGCAGAACCGGCAAUUUGCACAGGUCAGCAUGUACAUAUACAUAUAUAGACUUUGAAAAGGAUGAAAUUGCUUGAACAAAGCCAAUUAGACUUGAUCAAUGAGGAUUAAUGUUGUCUUCUUUUUUUUUUUUUUUUUCAUGAGAGUUUGGGAGUGUAUACAAGAUGGGACAUUGGUUGCAGUGAAGAAGCUUGACAAGCCUCUUGGGAAGAAGGAAUUCAUAACUGAAGUGAAAACUAUUGGCUCUAUGCAUCACAUGAACCUGGUUCAACUCUGCGGCUACUGCUCAGAAGGCUCUCACCAGCUUCUGGUUUAUGAGUUCAUGAAAAACGGUUUCUUGGACAAGUGGAUAUUUCCCUCAAAGCAUUGUCGGGACAGACUGCUAGAUUGGGGAACUCGCUUCCAUAUAGCCAUUGCUACUGCACAAGGUAUUGCUUAUUUUCAUGAGCAGUGCAGGAACCGGAUCAUCCACUGUGAUAUCAAGCCCGAAAACAUACUUCUAGAUGAGAAUUUCUAUCCAAAAGUUUCAGACUUUGGACUAGCAAAGCUGAUGGGCAGAGAGCAUUGACAUGUAAUCACUAUGGUGAGAAGAACUAGUGGUUAUUUGGCUCCAGAAUGGGUGAGCAACCGACUUGUUACUGUAAAAGCCGAUGUCUACAGUACAGAUAGCUUCUUUUGGAGAUCGUUGGUGGCUGGAGAAACCUUGACAUGACUUUUGAUGAAGAAGACUUCUUCAAUCCUGGGUGGGCUUUUAAGGAAAUGAGUAAUGGGACGACGAGAAAAGUUGCAGACAGGCGAUCGACUGGAAGGGGCAAUGGAGGAAGAAGAGCUGGAAGAGCAUUGAAAACCGGCUUUUGGUGCAUUCAAGAUGAGGCUUUCAUGAGGCCUUCAACGGGGGAAGUGGUGAAGAUGUUGGAAGGAUCACUUGAAAUCAACACACCGCCAAUGCCACAGACAGUGCUGUAGCCCAUGGACGAAGGCCUAGACAAUGUAUACAGAGCCAUGAAGAGAGAGUUCAACCAGUCCAGCUUCAUCACCAUCAAUAGUACCCAUCCUUCAUCAAGGGCUACAUGUAGUUAUUCCACAAUGUCACCAAGAUAGCAAAGGAGAAAUGGAACAAAUUUUGUUGCUGUCCAAGAAUUUUAUCCCCAUGAUACUUUGAUACUGUCCAGAAACAUAGUAUUUAUUGACCAUUUGUUAAACUAGUAGAGAACUUUGCAUAA